AUGAAGCGCGCCAGCCUCUGUGGUGCUCCCGUCUUCCUUCUUCUUCGUGCUCCAGCUGCGAUGUCCAGCGUUCGUGGGAGGUUCUGUUCGAUCACUAUCCCUAUUCUCCACGACCCGAACUGGUUCUUGAGUUACGUGAGGAAUAUUUGCAGACCUGGUGGUGGUGGAGGUGGUGUGUUUACGAGUGUCGGUGAUGCCCUGUGUUGCUUCGGUAAAAUGAUAAAGGCGAGCCCUUUGCCUUCCUCCAGGGAUUUCAGUCUACUGUUGGGUGCUAUAGUGAGGAUGAAGCACUACUCGACUGCCAUCCGCUUGAUUGAGCAGCUGCCUUCUUCGGGGAUCGAGGAUGAUGUUGCCUUGCUGACCAUUUGGAUGAAUUGCUUCUGCCGGUUAAGGCAGGUCGAUAUGGGUUUGUGUAUCCUGGGCAGAAUCCUCAAGCUUGGGUUUGACAUCGAUGUGGUGACAUUGAGCACCCUAAUUGAUGGUCUCUUUAUUCAGGGCAAAACUGAUCAAGCCUUGAGGUUCCUCGAUGAUAUGGGACGAAAUGGCCCCGAACCUGAUGAGACCACAUGUGCGAUAGUCGCCAAGGGGUUAUGCAGGGCGGGUAAAACCAGAUUGGCGAUUGAAUUGCUGAGGGACUGGGAAGAGAGAAGCUGCAGGAUUGAUUCCUUCGCAUACGGCAUAGUAAUUGAUAGUCUUUGCAAGGAGGGAUUGAUCACUGAGGCCUCGGGACUUCACGAAAGUAUGAGUAAGAAAGGUAUCAAAUCGGAUGUUGUUACUUAUACCUCCUUGAUCCAAGGUAUGUGCAAUGUAGGCCAGAUGGAAGAUGCUCUCGUAUUGUUGAAAGAGAUGACGAGCAGAGGCAUACAACCCGACAUAUUCACUUAUAAUUCCUUGGUUCAUUACUUGUGCAAGCUAGGCCAAUGGAAGGAUGCUACGGUCUUGUUGGAGAAGAUGAUGAAGGCAGGAAUCGAACCGAACGUCAUUACUUAUACCUCUGUCAUUCAAGGAGUGUGCAAUUCCGGCCAAUUGAAAGAGGCCCAAAGACUGCUGAGUCAUAUGGUGCAAAGCAGAGUCAUGCCGGAUGUUCAAACCUUCACUAUUCUGGUAGAUGCACAUUGUAAAGAGGGAAUGCUUGUAGAGGCAGAGGCCAUAAUCAACCGGAUGAUUCAAUUUGGUAAAAUGCCUAAUAGUGUCACUUAUAAUGCAUUGUUGAAUGGUUAUUGUUUGCAAAAUAGGAUGGAUGAUGCUCUGGCGGUUCUUAAUUUGAUGGUUGAAAGAGGCUGCUCACCUGAUGUUGUUUGUUAUAACACGUUGAUUAAUGGAUACUGCAAAGGGAAAAGAGUUGACAAAUAA